UGGAGUUGCGGAGAUUCAAAACGUUCAGCCAGAACCCCAUCAGCAUGCAGAAGACUUUCUGCAAGUUCGGCUUCUAUCAGAGUUACGGACCGAAACGCGCUAUUGUGAGACAGGGGCAGAUCUCUCGUCUGUUUUACGUCAUCAUUUCCGGCUCAGCCAUAGUGACGACCUGGGACGCUGAGUCACACAUGCUGACCGUACAGGAACUCAGGAGGCCCGGGGACACGUUCGGGGAGCUGACAAGCACCUCUUUCAGGGAGAAACGACAGACGUCAAUCAUUUCUCGGGGCGACAUUGAGCUGCUGUCAAUCAGCGCAGAGGACUUGGUGGACAGGGCGACCAGGACUACCAUGCCGCCUGAGAACACGCUGGUCAGCGCCGGCGACUUCAUCAAGAGCCCCUUCCUCAGGGGUCUGGAUUUCCUACAGGACUGGCCGGUGGCUGUUCUAGAGGAGAGCCCGGAGAGUUGCAUGUUCCAGUACGCACUGAGAGGCUCUGUCCUGACCAAGGACAGUCAGAAGUCGGACUGGAUAUACGUCAUCACCACGGGUAGCUGCACGGUUCUUAAGGAACUGAAAGUAGUCCAAGUCACCGGGAAGAAGAGAGGCAAACGGAAGAGAAGUGUUCUAGAUGAUUCUGAAGUGAUAGACAAGUUUCGGCAGGCGCAUCUCAGCAAAUCGCUCCCCGCCCUCUCACAUCGCUACAGCGCCAGGAAAACGGUAGAGAGAACGAAAACAAACAAACAAACAACCGAACAAACAACAACAACACCGCAGAACCUUGAGAAACUCACCGACUGGAGUGCGAAAUCCCUAACCGUGGACGACAGCGAUUCCAAACGGACUCAGUCAAAACUAUCGGAUAUCUCUGAAGAGAAAGACAGUGUUAUCGACAAUACAGAGAAGAAAGAUGGUCAAACGAACACAGAGGACCCAGUCCCUGCCAUAGAAGUAACAAGCGCAAGUCCGGAGCGGAUUCCGUAUGAUAGACCACUGAAAAAGCAACUGUCCGUCAGGCUGCCAUCUUUAAUAGACAAUGCUGAAAUCAACAAAGACAUCAACAGAGACUCCGCAAAAGGGACGGAUGAACCCUCAAAGAUACCCAAAUUGCCAGUCAUCGGGUUGAGCAGGGGGGCGUACUUCGUCCAAACGCCCCAGCCUCGACUCGAGGUUGAGAAGCAGGUGACGUCACGACGUGACGUCAAGAGGGAGGAGAAGCCGACCAGGGUCAGAACGAAAACUAUCGUGCAAUCUAAACUUCAGCAAACACCGAAAGCCAUGGACGUUAUUUCACAAGUUGCAGCUCACAACAGGCCACGGAAAAUGCUCAGAAAACUGCCGCAGAGCCUCGUGGGUAAGAAACGGGUGACGUCACGACAAAGCAAGUCACAGCUCCCUUCGCUGACGAAAACCAGACCAGGGCCUGUCGAGAACAAAUCCGUGUUCGUGACUGUCAAGACGCUGGGGAAGGGAGCGGUCUUUGGUCUGUCCGACUUCCUGUUCGACGAGCAGCCAAGUCUGAUCCUGGUGAGCAACGGUGCGGAGUGCGUCAUGAUCUCAAAAAAACUGUACAGACGUCACGCCAACGACGAGCUGCUCAGGAAGCUCAGAACACAGAUCUACCCGUUUCCUAGUGAGCAGGAGCUUCAGCAGAACUUGCGGGACUAUGUGGACUGGGAGGCGUACAGAACCAACACCUACAGCAGCCUGGUCAGGAACUCGCAACGGAGGAGGGAGAAGAAACAGCAGUACACCGUGCAAUACAUGGGACAGGAGUGUUUUAGAUAGAAAACGUGUUGACAAAAGACAACAUUGAUAACUUAACGUUUAAGACGCAAUGGGGGGUUAGACUCCCUAAUAAAUUUUGGUACAUCUUCAUGUCAAGCACUUCUAUAAAGCAAUGGCGAGAAAGAGACCCUAGUUUCAAGAUUCUUUUAAUCAACAUUCAACGUGCAACAUUCUAAAGUACAUUCACAGAUCAAAAUUCAUUCAAAGAGUUCGUCAACUAGUCUUUUAGAUCCCCAGUGUCGCUUCAAAGGCGUUAAACAACGGACCCCAAGGGACUCUAGUAAUGCAGGCAUGUACAAGAGUUCUGGUUUAAACCUUUCGAGUAAUCUUCUCUUAAGACAGGACCGUCCAUGCCGUCAAGGAAAGGAUCACCGUCCAACUAAGUCAGGACGUUAAGCGAGUAGUUAAUCGCUCUGUAAGAGCCAUACCUGGGGGCAAACUCACAACAAUCAACACAGUAGGAAUUCGAACAUGCCAUGAUGAGAUUGCCUUCUAAAGACGAUUCAAUUUUCUUGUUUCAUCUUCGAUUAUAAAUGGAUAACUACAUUUCAAGAUCCUGUCUGAGACGGGCCAUACAUAAAUAUAUAUAGUAUUAAAUGCGUAAUUUUUCAAAAGUCACUUAAUGUUCGUGAGGUCUAUUCAAUUUUUGUAAAACUACCAAUGGUUUUUGACACAGUCUCAUGGUCGAUGAAGACAGCAAGGACUACUUCAUGCAUUCAGUGAUUGAAACUGAUUUCUUUCAAUGCUCAAUAAAAUCUAUAUUUGCAUCAUGAAAAUGUUGAUCUUUAGUGUUGUGUUUAUUUACAUUGGAAUGUUUUAUGAAACGAUCAAAACCACGUGCACUUUCAUAAUUCGACCCUGGUGCAAAAACGGGUACCUGACUUCAGUUGGGGAGGUAAACGGCGGUGGAAGGAGAGGACGGUCCUCGCCUUCCUCUAUCGUACCCUAGACAGUGGAUAACAACCCACUGCCCAUACGGCCUCCACCUUACCUUUAUGCCCAUCAAGAGGAACGAACAACAUUUGGUAUUGUCUAACUCACAUUUUACAUUUACACACACAGAUUUUGCCUAUAUGUAAUAGUACUGAACUAGAAAGGCAACAUAUUUGCAGAUGCAGAUGCACAAAUUAUAUAUAUAAUUUAAAUGCAGAAUGUUUUCCUCUUGCCUUGUGUCAAUUAAAGCUUCUUUCAUACAUUACUACACCACUAGGCUCGCCCAAACGAAUGUGUGCAGUGAAAAAAAAAUUGGGCUAUGAAUGGGGGCAUUUGAGUAGCCUGACCUGAUGGCUAGCGCAGGUAGACAGCCCGUGAUAGCCAGCAAAGGUGCACAGUCCAGCCUUUUUUUUAAACCCUUUCUGCUAUGAGGAAGAAGAACACUCCAGCAAAAAAGGAGAAAACAUAAUAAAGAUAAAUGAAGGUACGAAUAACAUUUAGCAAAAUGUUAUUAUAAUUUUUCCAUUCGAGAUUCCAUACAAGUCUUACAGAAAUUGUCAGAAAUUGAAAUGCCAUAUUACAACAUCAAGGAAGCCGUAUUGAACUUAGCGCAAGCUCCAACCAUUGACAUCAAAAUAGAAGCUUUACACACAGCAAAAAUAAAGUUGUUAUAUCACAUCGUUACAAUAAGAAACACCCUCCUUUCUCUGCCCAUUGCACUCACAAUACAUAACACAUUUUAGUUUAUAACGUUUUAGGCCACUAAAUUUCAUUUAGUAGACAAUCUGAAGUAACAAACUUAGCGUGAGAUCAUGAUAUAAAAUGCGGAAACAGAGGGAAUAAACAAUUCAGGCUGUCAGUGAAUAAAUUCACACCACUUCAGUGGAGUCACAUACAAAUUAGCAGAAAGGUGGGGUGUUUGGCUGAAAGACCAGAGGUCCUGGGUUCGUUCAUGUCCCCAAAUAUGCUCUGACGUUGCGCCGUUAGGAAAGGCAUUUCAUAUGAAU